UAUAAGAUGUGAGAUUACCAUUGCUAAUAAAAUAUGGGGUGAUAAGUGUAUGAUUAUUUUUUAUAAAUGAAACAAUUAAUGUAAAUAGACGUCGGUUGUAAGCUUUAACGAGUAGUUAUAAGCCCUUUUUAUUUGAACAUGGACGAAGAAAGUUUACUUAGAAAACGAAGUAAAGCUCAGAGAGAUGCAAACUUUAAAGUUUUGAAAAAUGUUCAGAAACAGCUUGGUGAUUUGUACUAUGACAGAAAACAUUAUGAUGAUGCUCUUGAAGCAUAUCAAGGUCAGCUGCAAGCAUCUAUAGAUUUAGGCGAUAAUUUGAGUAUUGCCAAUGCUCACAGGAUGAUUGGGGAAGUACUGGCAUAUCAGGGUAAUUUCAAAGAAGCUCUUAGUCACAUUAAUUUAUAUUUGAAAAAAGCACAAGAUCUUGAAGAUUUAGUCGAAGAACAAAGAGCUUAUGCCACACUUGGUAGAACAUAUUUAAUGGAUGCUGAAAAUUAUGUGAAAGAGUCAGAGAAGGAAAAGAAAGAAGAAGUAUUAAGACAGGCAAGAAAAGCAUUAUCAAAAAGUAUUAGAUUAUGUGAUAAAUUAGAACAUAAGAUAGAUAAGAAUGAAUUAAUGAUGAUGAGGGCAAGGUUGUUGCUCAAUCUAGGUCUAGUAUAUGAAAAUCAAAAGAACAUAGAUAAUUCUCUGCAACUUAUCAAACAGGCAAAAGCAAUGUGUAAAGAGCAUAAAUUAUAUGAAGAUUUACACAGAACAAAUUUAGCACUUGCCAGUCACUAUGAGAAGCAAGGCAAUUUAGAAUUAGCAAUCAAGUAUGUGGAUGAUGCUGCCAAAAUUGAUGAUAAUUUUUUGAAAGCUGAUGCAAAGUACUUUAAAGCUGAGUUACUUUUAAAGAUAGGUGAAUGGAUGGAAGCUCGUAAACUUUUAUAUUCUCUGUAUAAAACAAAAUUGGCAAAAUCAGUUGUCCCACAAGUUAUAGCACUGUUGAAAAAAGUGGUAUUGCUAUGCAGGACUGAAGACAAACUGCUAUUAGAAGAUGAUUUAUCGAGGAAAUUGCAGCUCUAUGAAACAAUGGGCGAUGUAGCAGUGUCAGUGAAAGCCUUGGAUAUAGCUGUAGACAACUACAGGCACAUGUUAGAGUGUGCCGAGAAGACCGACAGCUCACGACUAGCAGCAGCACUAACGAGCUUAGCUCAAACUCUGAAAGAUGCUGGCAAGUUUAAGGAAGCAAUCCCAUAUGCACUGAGGGAACUUGAACUAUACAAGGACCCUAAAGAUGCGUACAAUUCUGCUCUCUUUAUUGCUCGCCUGCUCAUCGACGCCAAGUCAGCCGAUAGCGAGAUCCGUGGAAUGUUCGAACGGGCUAUGACGCUAGCCAUAAAAACUGGAGAUUUUAGUCUCGAGCGACUGGUAGUCAGAGAUUAUGUGGAAUAUCUGGAAACGAUGGACGAUGUGGAUUUGCAAAAAAUUACAUCGUUGAACGAAAGGCUGGAUAGCUUGCCAGAGAGUCAACCCGUCGAGGAGGAUGACGUGGCGGAAGAAGAGUCUCCCGAUAUGGGAGUAGACAUCGAUCUUGACGAACUGUCGGACCUCGAGGAGGAACUGGAACCUGCUCGGCCCAAAUUCAAUCCCAGGAAUAUCGCCAAGACGUUAAGGUACAAGCUAAAGAAAAACGAGAAGGGAGAAACUCCUCUACACGUUGCGUGUAUCAAAGGCAACGUGCAAAACGUUGAAAAGCUAUUGGAAGAAAACCAUCCAACCGACGUGUACGACAAUUGUGGUUGGACACCCUUGCAUGAGGCAUCGAAUCACGGUCACAUUGAUAUAGUUCGGCUGCUCGUCAAAGCAGGCGCAAAUGUCAACAACCCUGGUGGUCCACUUUGCGAAGGUGUUACGCCCCUCCACGAUGCAGCUGCUAAUGGACACAUCGAUGUGGUGCAUAUACUGCUGGACAGUGGUGCGAACCCAGAUCUUCUCACCGGUCAAGGUGAUCGAGCACUCGAUUGCCUCGAACAGUGGAGGAAUAAUGUCGAUGUUCUCUCUGCUAAUGAACUCAAAGACUACGCUUACAUAAGAAAGCGUUUGAAGGAGCUCACUACCGUCAGGUGUCAAAAUAAGGCACGCAAUAAAAGAGGUAGCGGCAAGCUCCAGGCGCUCGUUGCCGAAGGCGAGGAGGAAACCAUCGAUGAGAGACUCCUCAAUAUUGAGAAAUACGUUACCGCCUCGAGACCUGAAAAAAUUUCAGCAGGAGAGGACUACAAACGGACCAUCGCCAACUUGCAACAUCCAGGACGAAUUCAUCUGCUUGAGAAACCAGCUGUACAGCCGAAGAUCACGGCGCCGUUAAUAGAUAGCGAGGAAAUGCUAAUCGAUGACGAAUGGCUAGAUGACGAUCUAGGCAUCUUCACGAGAGGUAAAGAAAAGGCUCCCUUCGGCGAUAAUGGUCUUCCUCCGGUCCAACCUGUUAGCACGAAACGUAAAAGUAAAAACGACUCUUUCGACGCUGAUAAGUAUAGCAGUAAGAGACCUAAAGUAAGCUCCAAUAAGAAUGAACAAGUACUAGCAUCCGUCCACAUCAACGAGGAUAGCAACGACAGCGUAAAUAAUUUAGACAUGGUUGACCCCACCGGUCAGGUAGAAAAAUGGCCAAAAAGCAAGAAACCUCGACAAACAAAUUUACUCAAACAAGGUUUCGUCAAAGUAAACAAUUCUAUAGCGCCUCUACGUCCGCCAGCCCCGAAGUCUCCCGAGGUUAAUUAUAUUCAGAGUAGUCUGGAAAUGAGACAUUCGCUGGAGGGAAGCGAUCAAAUUGUCUAUUUAGAAAUUCAAGUUGACAGAGAAUCGUUUGACCUGAAGCUUCAUACUGAAGAUAUGAGCCAAACGUUGGAAUGCAUUGAGAUGCUGAUCAGCGAUAAAUUUGAAUCGAAAGCUGGUUUCAAGCCUAGCCUCAAAUUUAAGAAUCUAGAUGAUGAAGCGUUGAACUCGGGCACUAUUCUGGAUACCAUCAAAAGGUAUGGCAAUAAAUUGAAGUUGCAUGGAGAAAUCACUCAUAUUAAUUUGCCUCCUAUCGCUGAAAGAUACAAGAAAGUCUGCCUAAACUUUAACAUUGAUCCUUCAGAAGCCAUGCUGAAGUCACUGAGAAUCUGUGAUAAUACUUUAGCUUUCCGUUUGAAUGCUAAAGAAUUUUUAGACGACGAACUCGAGCCCUUGGUUAAGUGUUUGCAUUACCAAAAGAAUUUGCAAAUUUUAAGCAUGUCAAAACAUUCAUUUUAUUACUCGGCUGAUCUUUUGAACUACGCCAUAGCUCAAUUGUCCAGUCUCUGCGAACUACAUCUCCAGUGCUGCGAUAUAAGUUUCAACUGUCUUUCAUUGAUUGAAAAGCUACCGGCAACACUUCGAGUUCUAGAUCUCAAUUACAAUCCGUUAGGAAGUAAAAGUUUGACAAGACUUUAUCAACUGAUCAAGCCACUAGAUAGAUUACAGACACUCAAAUUAAGAUCUUGCGACUUGACAGAUUUUCCGGAUCGCUACUCCAGUAAUUCUCUAGUGAAUUUAGACAUUUCCUGGAAUCCUAUAGGAGGACAAGGCAUAGUAAAUUUGUUACAGAGGCAAUUAAUUAGUUUAAACAUAUCAAAUACGCAAAAAGUCUCCAUAGAUCCUGAAUCAAGUGUUAUUAAUAGAAUAUUUAUCAACAAAAGUUUGGGCUUCACUUUAGAAUACUUAGAGCACUUGGACUUGAGUGGAAUAGGAGCGACGGAUCUAAUCGUUGAUAUGAUCAUAACGCAAACACCUAGUCUACUAAGUAUAAAUUUAAGCAACAACAUUCGCGUCACAGAAGUUUCCUUACAAAAUCUAUUAGCCAGGAAACCAACAAUGACGAGCAUUGAUCUCAGCGGUUGCAGUUUUAUAGAUACUGUACCUAAAGCGUCUUUGAAGAUUUUGAAUCCUCGAGUUUGCACUGUGCUUGCGCACAUGAGUCUAGAAGUGAUUGAUGCUUGGCAGUCACUGUGGGAAGGUAAAGGGUAUACUAAAAAACUUCCAAAUAGUUUAGUUUUAUUCAAACCUGUAUAAUAU